AAACCUCACUAACAAGAAACCAAAAAUCUGUACUAAUUUAAUUUUACUAUUAAAGGUUUUGUUAAUAAAAAGUCUGGAAUUAUUGCAGAGAAUAGAAUAGAACAGAACCAAUAAAUUACAAACUACAGAAAACAUGGAAAUAUUACGUUAACCAAUUGAAUCUCCCCCCUUCCCCCACAGAAACCCUAAAUCCCAGUAAUUUAAUUAAUGAUAUCUAAAAUCAGAUCAGAACAUCGUGAGGAAAUUUCAGAUUGUAAAUGCAUGUCGCGGCGGAUCUUAACUGGUUCCUGCAAUUCAUAGUGUUGGCGUUAGUUGGGAUUUUCGGGCUGCUGUAUUUGGUGCGGAACACAGCGUCGAGGUACUUCGUGGUGGACUCCAAUUUCGAUUCCUCCGCCGCCGAUUAUUCGUCCUUGGAUCGCCGGAAGAGGGACAGUAUGUCGGAGGCCGCCGGUGGCGCUGCCGAGGGUUUUGAUUCCUGCGCCGUGUGCGGCCAUCUGACGAAGAAGCAGUGCGCCGGCUGCAAGAUGGUCAAGUACUGUUCUGAAGCUUGUCAAAAAUCUCACUGGACUUCUGAGCACAAGACGAGAUGCAAAGAGAUGAAGUCACUUUACAAAGCUAACUAUACAAUACCAAAAUCCACUUUGAGGGGAAGGAUAGCUUCAGUAGCACCUUUGGGUGGAAGUUCAAAGAUUUACAAGCCUUCAAACAAGAUACUUUUUCCAUACGAGGAAUUUCUAGAAUUUUUCACUUGGGACAAACCAGGCUAUCCUCCUUGUGGACUUCUUAACUGUGGAAACAGUUGCUUUGCUAAUGUUGUUCUUCAAUGUCUCGCAUACACCCGGCCGCUUGUUGCCUACUUGUUGGAGAAAGGUCACCGCAGAGAAUGCCAAAGGAACGAUUGGUGUUUUCUUUGUGAAUUUCAAUUGCACAUGGAAAGGGCUAGCCGAAGUGCUAAUCCAUUUUCUCCAAUGAACAUUCUUUCACGAUUGCCUAACAUAGGUGGUAAUCUUGGAUAUGGGAAACAGGAGGAUGCCCAUGAAUUUAUGAGGUUUGCCAUUGACACAAUGCAGUCUGUGUGCCUUGAUGAAUUUGGUGGAGAAAAGGUUGUUCAUCCUAGCUUUCAAGAGACAACCCUUAUUCAACAUAUAUUUGGGGGUCGUCUUCGAUCACAGGUUAUAUGCGCAGAAUGCAAAAACGUUUCAAACCAAUUUGAAAAUAUGAUGGAUUUAACUGUUGAAAUUCAUGGGGAUGCUGGAUCUAUGGAGGAGUGUUUGGAUCAAUUUACUGCCAAGGAGUGGCUUCAUGGGGAUAAUAUGUAUAAAUGCGAUGGCUGCAAUGCAUAUGUCAUGGCAUGGAAGCGCCUUACUGUCCAGCGAGCACCAAACAUUCUUACAAUUGCCUUGAAAAGAUUCCAGAGUGGGAGAUUUGGGAAACUUAACAAGAGGGUGACUUUCCCAGAGACUCUGGAUCUUAGCCCAUACAUGAGUGAAUUGGAAGACGGAAAUGAUGUUUACAAGCUGUAUGCUGUUAUUGUCCAUGUGGACAUGCUGAAUGCAUCUUUUUUUGGCCAUUACAUCUGUUAUGUUAAGGAUUUCCGUGGAAACUGGUACAGAAUUGAUGAUUGCAAGGUUGCUAGCGUUGAUUUGGAUGAGGUGCUUUCACAGGGAGCUUAUAUGCUCUUGUACAGCAGGAUACAUGCUCGCCCAUCAUGCUUGCUUCCCACUGAAUUGUUGAGGAAAGAAGAAAGUGAGAAAGUGAAAAUAGUUGAAGUGGACUCUUCCAUGAAACAACAUGCGGAGUCCUCUCCUGAUGCAGUAUUCAUUGACAGUCCCGUCGAUUCAGAGCAAUCAUCUAAUAAUGGUUCGGGAAAUAAGGUCAAUAAUGGGGAAGAAUUUCCAUCGACUGCAGAUGCGGAAGAUGCAGAGGGAGAUACAAAAAUGGCAUCUCCUGACAUAAGUUUGCCCAUUGUCAGUGAUUCUGAACUUCACAAUAAUGAUGAAUUUCCCACCACACCAAAAGAAGUUCCUUCUACCAGAAAUAAUGACAAUGAGCCGCAUCUCACUAGCACUUCAUUGAUUGAUUCUACUUCUACAGAAUUGGAUGCCAAGAAUGAGGCAUCCUCGUCUGCUUCUGAUGUUGAAGCAAGUUGUGGCAAUAAACUCGACAGCAAUGCAGGUUCAUCCAGAAUGUUGACUGAAGAGUCAACUACGGUUGGGAACUGUAAAGAUUCGCCAGACAGCAGCACCACUGGUAACGUUCCAGCCAUCGAUACUACCGCCAAUGCGGUUUCAGAUAAAGAGAACUCUGCUAGUUCAACAUCUCAGGAUGGAAAUAUUGGGCCUGGGAAUGGCUUAUCAUCCUCUGAUGAUACUCAAAGCUCUACUAAGAAAGCAAAUGGAGGAAGUUCUGCGGAAAAGUGUAAGCCACUCUUCCGUCCUGGUUUUUUUGGAAAACAGCCACUAAGGAAAUGUGUUAAGCUGGAUAAUCAUACAAAAGAAGUUGCAAAGUCUUGUUUAUUGCGUGAAAAUGGUGGCUUAUUGAAAGACAGGGAGCUUCACAUCACACAUGAGAACGGAGAUGUUUCUGCAGAAUCUGAUAUGUGUAAGAGCCUCGAGAAUGGAGAUUCCGCGAGUGAAUAUGAUGAGAUAGAUGCUUCAGUCGAAUAACCUAACAUAAUGGACGCCAGGAGGUAGAAACUUCAGAUGUCAUGAGAAGAUAUACCAUCCCAAGGGAGGUUUAGAAAGAUUCACUAGCGUCGAAUUUGUCGAAUCAAAAUUGCAGAAGAUUGGAAACCUUCUGUAAUAAUUCAAGAAAGUCUGGAGUUAUUUAUUCAUCAAUUUGGCACACGCAUUGUCGGGGUGAAUUCUAUAAAGAGUUGAUGUGUUGAGAAGAUUCAAACCUGAAAGUCUUAGAAAUAACGUUGAUUAUAUGUUGGUAAGAGCAAAAUUCUUUUCCCCUUUCUUUGCUGUUUAUAGCAUUCGAUUAUCCCAUCCCCACAAACUGGAUGCGCUGGGAAUAUAUAUCCUUGGUUUCAAUAUUUACAGGAAUCUUGGAUUCUCUUGUCUCUCCUUACAAUUACUUCUCUUACUGAAAUCUAAAUUCCUUUUACUGCA